UGCAGUCGGUAUACAGGAGCAGCAGCAGCAGGAGGAGGAGGAGAGCCGACCCUUCCAGCGCCGCUCUCCGGGCGAUGCCAGUGUAAAUGCCAGGGCGAUGUCCCGACGCAAGCAGGGGAACCCGCAGCACCUGUCCCAGAGAGAAAUACCGCCAGAGGUUGAGCAUCCAGAUGGCAGCCUGCUCUCCGACUCCUUACCCCAUCACCCGCUCGGCCUGCCCUCCCACACACUUGGCCUACCUCCUGACCCGCUGGUGCCCGGCCUGGCCCACGCCCUGCCGCCCGGCCUCCAUGCCGACCACGACCUGCUCACCUGCGGCCAGUGCCAGCUGACCUUCCCGCUGGGUGACAUCCUCCUCUUCAUCGAGCACAAGAAGAAGCAGUGCCAAACGCCGUUGCUGGCUAAUGGCUGCUAUGACAAGAUGAACGACCGAGGAGGAGGAGGAGGAGGAGGAGGAGGAGGAGGAGGAGGGAGUCCCAUGCUGCAGGGCCUUCAUCACCACGGCCAGCGGGUGGAGCUGAGGAAGGUGGUGGAGCCGGUGGAGAUUGGCAUUCAGGUGACACCAGAGGAGGAGGAGGAGGUGGGACGAAGAGGGGAGGGAGGUGAGAGGGGAGGGAGGACGCCCCCCAAAGGAAUUUGCCCCAAGCAGGAAAACAUGCCGGCAGGUAGGGACGAGCCUUCCAGCUAUAUCUGCACCACGUGUAAGCAGCCCUUCCCCAGCGCCUGGUUCCUGCUGCAGCAUGCCCAGAACACCCAUGGUAUCCGCAUUUACUUGGAGUCCAACCCCUCCAGCACAGCCCUCACCCCACGCAUCACUAUGCCUCCUCCCAUGGGCAACGACUCCAUCCCGCAGUCCCCCCUCACCAACUUUCUCGGGGACAACAACCCCUUCCACCUCCUGAGGAUGACAGGUCCUCUGCUCCGAGAGCCUCCUCCGGGCUUCGUGGAGAACCGGCUCCCCAACACGCCUCCAUUUGUCAGCCCACCUCCCCGCCACCACCUGGACCCCCACCGGCUGGAACGCCUUAGUGCAGAGGAAAUGGGCCUCAUCUCCCAGCACCCCAGUGCCUUUGAGAGGGUGAUGCGGCUAACGCCCAUGGCCAUGGAGUCCCAGUCCAUGGACUUCUCCAGACGGUUACGUGAGCUGGCAGGGAACACCAACAGCACCACACCACCGUUGUCACCAAGCAGGGCUAACCCUAUGCACCGACUACUAAACCCCAACCCCUUCCAGCCUGGGCCAAAAUCUCCCUUUCUGAGCACUCCUCCCUUACCUCCAAUGCCCCCAAACAGUACCACCCCUCCCCAGACACAGAACAAGAUCAAGUCUUGUGAGUUCUGCGGUAAGACCUUCAAGUUCCAGAGCAACUUGGUGGUGCAUCGGCGCAGCCAUACUGGAGAAAAACCUUACAAGUGCCAGCUGUGUGACCAUGCUUGCUCUCAGGCAAGCAAGUUGAAGCGCCACAUGAAGACCCACAUGCACAAGGCUGGAUCCCUGACCGGGCGCUCAGAUGACGGACUGUCUACCACGAGCUCCCCAGAGCCGGGCACCAGCGACGUCACAGGGGAGGGUAUGAAGAAUCGUGAUGGGGACUUCCAGGGGGAAGGCAAUGAAGAGGAGGAAGAGGAGGAAGAAGAAGAGGAACUUGAGAACGAGAGUCGACCAGAAUCCAACUUCAGCAUGGAGUCUGAGUUCUACCGGAACAGGGAGAAUGGUUCUAAACCACCCUCAGAGGAGAAGUCAUCUCUUGCCCUUGAGAAGAUGGUGGAAGGUGGGGGCCUCAACUCUAUACAGCAGUACAAUAAUUUGAUAGUUGACAAUCGUAAAAGGAUGCCCUUCUCCAAGAGGGGCUCAGAUGGCCACCGGGACACUGGGGAUGAGGACUCAGUGGCUGGGGAGAUGGACCACCACCAGCAGGAAGAGAGGACCACCAUUAAUGGCCGGAACUGUGGCUCUGGUGACUCUUUCUCAGGCCUGUUCCCCCGUAAGCCCACCCCCAUCACCAGCCCCAGUCUGUCCAACUCCUCAAAUAAGAGGAUCAAGAUUGAGAAGGACUUGGACAUUCCCCCAGCACCCCACAUCCCCUCUGAGAACGUCUACUCCCAGUGGUUGGUGGGCUAUGCUGCCUCACGCCACUUCAUCAAAGACCCUUUCCUAGGUUUCACCGACUCCAGACAAUCUCCCUUCGCCACCUCCUCCGAGCACUCGUCAGAGAAUGGCAGCCUGCGGUUCUCAACGCCUCCGGGAGACCUGCUAGAUGGCGGUCUGUCAGGCCGCAGCGGUACCGCCAGUGGGGGCAGCACACCUCAUCUGGGUGGGGGCGCUGGCCCAGGCCGACCUAGCUCCAAGGACAGCAGGAGGUGUGACACCUGCGAAUUCUGUGGCAAGGUGUUCAAGAACUGUAGCAACCUGACGGUGCACCGGCGCAGUCACACUGGCGAGCGGCCCUACAAGUGCGAGCUGUGCAACUAUGCCUGCGCCCAGAGCUCCAAGCUCACGCGCCACAUGAAGACACAUGGCCAGCUCGGUAAGGAGGUCUACCGCUGUGACAUUUGCCAAAUGCCCUUCAGCGUGUACAGCACUCUCGAAAAACAUAUGAAAAAGUGGCAUGGAGAACAUUUGAUGACCAAUGAGGUCAAAAUUGAACAAGCAGAGAGAACCUAAAGCAGGUUCCUUAUUUCCAUACUC